GUAACAGGAAGUUACGUCGGCGAUGAAAAAAUCAAGAAGUUUGACUUUUUUGCUAUAAUAGGGUGUUUUAGCUGUCAAGCGAAGAGCGUAAAUGUUGUAAAAUAAAUCGAAGUUUUUAUUUCAUACUAUAUUUAUUUUUGUAGCUGCCAAAUUAAGCCACAUAUUCUCUGCUAUAGGCUGCACAGAAGCGUACUCAGUUGCAGCCGUGGUGGUGAUGCACAUGUCUGCUAGCUGAAUAACUUUCUCUCCGGGACAGAUAGGAGGGACUCACAGGCAAAAUGUCUCGCCAUAGAAAUGUUCGUGGUUACAACUACGAUGAAGACUUUGAAGAUGAUGACAUGUAUGGACAGUCUGUGGAGGAUGACUACUGUAUUUCACCAGCAACAGCAAAUCAGUUCAUUUAUUCACGCCGAGAACUGCAAGCACCAAAACAGGAGCCUUUAGAGGAGGAAGAAUAUGAAGUUGAGGAUGUUCCCAUGUCCCCUUGUGUUGAUGUCAACCUUGACCCUCUUAAUCAAGCGAAGCUGUAUUCCUGUUUGGACCACAUGCGGGCAGUACUGGGAGAUGCGGUGCCAGACUCCGUUUUGACCCACGCUGCCAUGAAGCACGGAUUUGACCCACAGAGGGCACUGGACGCAGUGCUGUCUGAAGACGCUAAAACAGCCCCGGUUACCAGAAGUGCAGCUGAAGACAUGCAGUUAGUUGGCCGAGUUGUUCAGGAGAAGAUGCCUCUUCCACAGAGAACCAAACAGGAGGCUGUGGCUGAGAAAGCCAAAAGCAGAGAUGCUGCUCCCGAUAAACUGGACUCUGAAGUGGUUCCCAAAGUGGCCCGAAUGACCGUCUCUGGGAAGAAGCAGACUAUGGGCUUUGAUGUUCCCAGCUUAGGGGAAAAUGGCGUUGUCGCCAGCCCGGCACGGCGAGGCGACAGCCCUGAAAACAACAAUGCGACUCCGGUCUCUGAGGCUGCCUCCAAACGUCCUGAGACCCUGUCGAAAGGAUCGAACGGAGAUGAGGUCUCUGUCGUUACACCAGGACGCUCCUCCGGAAAAGCACGGCAGGCCAUCAACAUCAAGGCAGAGCUGGAGAGGAGACAAGGGGGCAAACCUCUGUUAAAUUUAGUGGUUAUAGGUCAUGUAGAUGCAGGUAAGAGUACGCUGAUGGGCCACCUGCUUUAUCUGCUGGGGAACGUCAACAAGCGCACCAUGCACAAGUAUGAACAGGAGUCGAAAAAGGCUGGAAAGGCCUCCUUUGCCUACGCCUGGGUUCUGGAUGAAACUGGCGAGGAGAGGGACAGAGGGGUGACAAUGGACGUGGGCAUGACAAAGUUUGAGACAAACUCUAAGGUGGUGACUCUAAUGGACGCACCAGGACACAAAGACUUCAUUCCCAACAUGAUCACAGGAGCUGCACAGGCUGAUGUUGCGGUGCUUGUGGUAGAUGCCAGCAGAGGAGAGUUUGAGGCAGGCUUUGAAGCAGGGGGUCAGACCAGAGAGCACGCCCUGCUUGUGCGUUCGCUGGGUGUCACUCAGCUGGCUGUAGCUGUCAACAAGAUGGACCAGGUAAACUGGCAGCUGGAGCGUUUCCAAGAAAUUAGCUCAAAACUCGGCCAUUUUCUAAAGCAGGCAGGAUUCAAGGAAUCUGAUGUUUUCUUCAUCCCCACCAGCGGCCUGUCAGGAGAAAAUCUCACUAAAAGAAGUGCAGUAUCAGAGCUCACUUCUUGGUACACCGGACCCAGCCUUCUGGAGCAGAUUGAUGCGUUCAAAGCCCCUCAGCGGUCAACAGACAAACCUUUCAGACUGUGCGUCUCAGAUGUGUUCAAAGAUCAGGGCUCAGGCUUCUGUGUUACUGGAAAGAUUGAGUCUGGUUACGUUCAGACAGGAGAGAAAAUACUGGCUAUGCCUCCCAAUGAAACCUGUACAGUUAAAGGAAUCACUCUUCACGAUGAGGCUCUGGACUGGGCUGUAGCAGGAGACCAUGUCAGCCUCACAGUCACUGGAAUGGACAUCAUCAAGAUUAAUGUUGGCUGUGUGUUCUGUGAUCUCAAAGAUCCGAUUCGAGUCUGUACUCGAUUCAGAGCCAGAAUUUUGCUCUUCAAUAUUGAGGUUCCCAUCACACAAGGCUUUCCAAUGCUGUUGCAUUACCAGACAGUGAGCGAGCCGGCCACCAUUACGAAGCUAAUCAGCGUUCUACACAAGAGUAGUGGUGAAAUCCUCAAGAGGAAGCCAAAGUGUUUGAGUAAGGGUAUGAACGCCAUUGUGGAGAUUCAGACCCAGAGGCCGGUGUCAUUAGAGCUAUACAAGGACUACAAAGAACUGGGGCGCUUCAUGCUGAGAUAUGUUGGCUCCACCAUCGCUGCAGGUGUUGUCACAGAGAUCAAAGAAUGAAGGUCAUUUUCACGAACAAAGAGCAUUUCGGAUCAUGCUCGGCAACACGUUUGCAGCCAGAGACACCGAGGAGUUCUUCCAAGAGAUGCCACUCAAUGAGUCAGAGCACCAUUUUUUUCCAACCAGGUGUCCCUGGUGUUGACCAUCACGAUCAACACUAACUUCACCCAGCAAGCCCAUUGCUAAUAAAGUUAAUACAGUAAUUAGACUUUAAUAAAACAAUCCUACUACAGGGAUUCACAUUGAAGAAGCUGCAGCUGAUCAUUAAUCCUGACUGAUGUGGCCCUCUGCUUUAUUUAACUUCAUGAACAAGUCAAAAUUAAUUUCUUUGUAUUUAAAAAUUAUUCAGUUUACAGCAGCUGUUUUUUUUUUUUUUUCAAAAAUGAAUCUAAAGCUUGAAAACCUUGUACGUUUGGAAUCAGUGGAAAAGAAUGUUUCUUUUGCUAAAAACUAUAUUUGCAUUUUAAGUCUGCCCAGGGUUUGAGGGUGGUGAACUGCAUGAAUGCUUUUUAGUUUGGUAAACAAAAAAGGGUUAUCUACUUUAAAAAAGAAGGCAGAAAAUAAUUCAGAUGCUUCUUUAAAUGAAAAUAAAAGUAAAACAGCAAAUUAAAAAGUUUUUUAUUUUUACCUCAUUUGGAAGUUGAAGUAUUUUAGUUGAAAACAAAAAAUGUGAAAUGAACUCUGCAUCCACUGCUUAUUGUUUGUGUUUUGAUUAAAAAAGCUGAAUUUACUGGAAACUAGUAACAAUACAGAAUAAUUUCAGUGCAUCUGUUCAGUACAUAAAAAUAUGAUGUAAAAAUAAGGUUAAUAAAAAAAAAAGACCUUUCUUUAGAGCCAUCACUAACAACACCCAGAAGGCAUUAUUCAUUAGCCUACAAAUUUUCAAGGUAAAUAAAAUUACAAUAUUCCUAA